CUACCGAAUUUAUGGGCAAACUUGAUGCCGAUCCAACAAAGAUUAUGGAAGACUAUUCGAGAAACUCCGGUUAUCUAGUGAAUCUAUCCCAAGCUGUUGGAAGGUUGAUUCUGGCAGGACGUGAUUUGACCAGGUUUGCAGGAUAUACUGCUCGCGUGGCAGAACUUUUUGAUGUACUAGAUGAUGUUAAUAAUGGCAGGUACGAACGUACCAUUGUUAACAAAGAUGCAAAUGAAGCUAACACUAGUAAGAUCGUGUCGCAAAAUGACCUUAAUGGCAAAAUCGUAGCACGCGAUGGUGUUAUUAUUUUUGAAAAAGUUCCAAUUGUAACACCUAGUCAAGAUGUAUUGGUUAAAGAAUUGUCAUUUAAGGUUGAAACUGGAAUGAACUGCCUUAUCUUUGGACCCAACGGAUGU